CUGAUUGGCGCAGAUAUCUUCCAAUUUGGAGAUGGAAGGUUGUUUAAUUGCUCUGCCAAAAUGUGUUAUUAGGGCUUGGAGCUCUAUUGCAAAUUUUUACAUUGUUGAGGCAUUAGUUUUAAUGACCUGUUUUUUAUCGACAUGUGGCAGGAUGAUUUUCAGUUUGGACCCUUUUUUGUUGUUGCUGUAUUUUAUUGUUUGGUGGAUUGUUCCAUUUAAAGAUAAAAUCGGCACAUAAUCAAUAUAAGACCUUUGAGUAAAUUUACAAUUAUGAAAUUAAUCGUUUUUAAUUAGAUUAAUCAUCUUUGAAAUUUAGAUAGACUAAUUUAAUUGUAAUUUUUAAGCAUGUUUAUGUUUGACUAUUGUAUUUGUAUAUAAAUUAGAUUUAUAUUGCAUGCUUUAAUUUAUAUGUUUGAGUUAGAACUCAUUAACAUAUUAUUUGACAUUGAUAAUAUGUUUUAGCAUCUUGUUUAAGUAAUUUAAUACCCCGUUAAAUGUUCCCCAUAAAUUAAAAUUUAAGUCUUAUCUAGGAUAACAACAUCACCCAUCAUAAUUAAAUUAGUAGAAAUAUUUUUUCGUUGAAGAAUAUUUCACCCAAGUGUUUAUUUCAUUCGACAAAAUAUAGAACUAAUUUAUAGAUACAUAUGUUUGUGAUUGUGUGAUGGUUUUGACUUACUUAAAUUAACUCGAGUCGCCCAAGCGUCAGUGUUAAUUUAGGGAUGUCGAUCAAUUUGAAAAUUGAUCAACCAAAAGUUGCUUGGACGCAAUUGGUCUAGGGACCUACCCAUUAUAUUAUUGAAGUGAUCAGCCCAAGCUGGGACUGUAAUAGUAUGAAUGAGGAUUUUGGCCACUAUGAUUGUAAAACAUUCCAUGUUCUUUUUAUUGGGGUCAAAGAGCAUGCAAAAUAGUGGGAGCUAAAUAAUUAAAAGUCCAUAUUAUUUAGUUAACUAGAUGUGAUCAUAGGAAUUAAUAUAUGAUUUUAAUUCCGUUCUAUUUGAACUUCUUUAGGCUUUUAGGAAUGUCGAAUUUAUCAUUGAGAAGUAUCUUGGAUACAUGCAAGCUUACUGGACCAAACUUUCUGGACUGGGAAAGAAAUGUACGUCUAGUUCUUAGACAAGAAAAUAUUGAGUAUGUGUUAGACACACCGGUACCCAAGAUUCCUGAUGCCAACUCUCCUGAGUUUGCCACGUUUGACCUGACUGCUCGAGAGAAACACGUCACUGAUGCUAAAACUGUACAGUGUGUUAUGUUGGCUGCAAUGUCUAUGGAGUUGCAAAGGCAACACGAUAGGAUGAGCGCCUUCGAGAUGCAUGAACACUUGAAAAGUCUGUUUGAUUCGGAAAGUCAGACUCUAGAGUAUGAACUUCUGACAGACAUUUUCAAGUGUAGGCUUCAAGAGGGUGGCAACGUGUCUGAGCACGUCCUCAAAAUGAUUGGCUUAAUUGAAAGAGUUGCUACCACCGAAAUUAAGUUUGAGGAUCGUGUCUCAGCUGCUAUCAUCCUAUAUUCGCUUCCAAGUUCAUUUACUAACUUCAUUGUGAAUUAUAAUUUGAACAAAACGAAAGCGACCAUGCCUGAACUCCAUAACAUGCUCAAGUCUUAUGAAGCCUCAACCUCUAAAGGAAAGACUGUUCUUAUGGUAAGCUCUUAUGCUAAGUCUCGUUCUAAGAACAAGAAUAAGCAAAAGAAGAAAGGUAAGGUUGGACCUACUCCUACAGCUCUGAAGCCUAAAGGUGGAGGUCAUAUGAAGCCAAAGGUUGCAAAGAAUGUUUGCCUCUACUGCAAAGAGAAGGGGCAUUGGAAGAGAGAUUGUGAGUUGUAUAAGGCUAAUCUAGCCAAAGCACCAGGUGCUUCAAGCUCAGAAGCAUGAGAAGCAGUGUAGCAGUUGGACUGGGUAAAAUUGACCUACGCGUGAAGGUUGGAGCAAAAGUUGCUGCUGAACGCGAUAGGAUCUUAUAGUUUAGAUUUGCCCAGUGGUUUUAGAUUAGAAUUAAAUAAUUGUUAUUUUAUUCCUUAUAUUACCAAGAAG